AAUUGACGUCUCAUUUGAAGGCUAUUAAGCAAAUUCCCAAAAGGGAUUUAGAACCCUUUUUUGGUCGCCUUUAUGCCUACCAAACCAUUCAAAUGUCUUCUCUUAAGAUAGCUUAGGAUUUAGAAAGAUCAGGUCGUCUUUUGAGUGUCACUCUCUUUGCCAGAUUCCCACAUGAUUAACGCCUCAAAUUCCUUUUUUAAAAAAAAAAGUUGUCUUCUUUUGCUGCACACGACUUUAAAACCCUAGAAUUUUUGGAUUUUCUCCCAUCCGAUUAUUAUUCUCCGACCAAUCCAAUCAAAUUAUUUCGUAUAUCUUCAAUCGAAUGAGCCAGCCAUUAUAUGGCUUCCUAAUUUGGCUCCCGAGAAUCUUGAGAAAUGAGGGGUAUUUCAGUUCCUCUUGUAUGUUUAGUAAUACUGCUGGUACUAGUAGUAGUAUCAUCUUUAGUUGUUGUCGUUGCAUCCGGACCUCCAUCAAGCUCACGGAGCUCCGACCUGGAUGAUGAUUCGGAUAUUCCUGCUUCCCACCUUCCAUUGCCGCUGACGUCUAAACAUGAUACAGCAGUGGUGGCCGCCCCGGAUGGCACCAUAUACUUAGUGGAGAUCAACUCAGGAAAAGUGCUAUGGUCGUUUGCAUCAGGCUCCGCGAUUUAUUCGUCUUAUCAGGCUGUCCACCAUAAUGAAGGUCAACGGAACAAUGCCACCACAUGGGCCGAUGAUUUUUUCAUAGACAUUGGAGAAGAUUGGCAGCUGUAUGUCAAUGGAAAUGGCUUGAAGAAUGUGAAACUCCCAGUGAGUGUGGAAGAAUUCCUAAAGAGCACUCCUUUCAUAUCAGCUAGUGGUGGAAUUAUGUUAGGCUCGAAGAAAUCAACAAUUUUCAUUGUUGAUGUCAAAACUGGAAAAGUAAUUCAUACCCUGUGUUCAGACACUGUUAGAGCAGUUGAGCAUGAGCACAGUGAUGAAAGUACCCUUGUCGCAAGGACAGAUUUUGGAGGAUGGGUUCCUCAUAGUGCCACGAAUUUGGAUGGAAUUGAAGAGCCACUUUAUGUUACUAGGAAGGAUUAUGUUCUAAAGUUUACUAAUAUGAAGACAGGAAAGAUUUUAUGGUAUCUAACGUUUGCUGAUAUUGAAGCUUCCUAUCAAUGCAAUGCAAUUGAAAGUUUUCUGGGUAGUGUCUUUUAUACAGAAGAUCAAGUUAGCCUUAGAAAGAAUCUUGAUGCCAAGUUGCAGCUUCAUUGUCCUCCAAAGCCUGUUGUCUACCGCAUACGUGAUCGCAGUUCGUUCAAGUCUCUUUUCAAGACUAAUAGUUUGCCAGAUGCUUUUGCUGGGGACAAAGUGCUCUUGCUACCUGCACCUGACCUUGAUCCUAUGUUACAGCUGGUCGAAAAGAUAUUAGGUUUGCAUCAAAGUAAUGGAGGUGAUAUAGGGCUUGCUCUACCCACUCCUGAGAGUGAAGAUUUUGGAGUCGUGGCUUUGCCUGAAGGAGAUAUUGGUCAAAUUCAUGAGAUUGGAGGUUUUGCUAAUUUAAUAGGAUCUCAUUUCUGGUUUGUUGCCCUUUUUGGUGGUCUUAUGCUCCUAAUUGUUACUUUCUUUGUUAGUCACUUGGUAGUUAAAGAACAAGGUAAGUUAAACAAGGGAGUUGAGAUGCCCAAUAUCCAAGCUUUAACAACCAGAAAGAAGAAACUUCGAAAACCAAGAACAAAUAGCAAAACUGCUGAGAGAAAGAAAAAGAAUGUUUCUUAUGAUCAAAUGGUCAAAGACAUCAAUGUGCUCCCAGAUUAUGAAAGAGCAAAAAAAUUCUUACUACUUGGGUUGCCUAAUAAUUCAGAUGGUUUCAUGGACGGACGCAACAUUGGCAGAUUGUUUGUCUCAACCACAGAAAUUGCAAAGGGAAGCAACGGUACCAUCGUGCUUGAGGGAAUUUAUGAUGGUCGUCCAGUUGCUGUUAAGCGCCUUGUACAGACCCAUCACAACGUGGCAUUUAAAGAGAUCCAAAAUCUCAUUGCCUCGGAUCACCAUCCAAAUAUUGUGAGAUGGUUUGGUGUGGAGUAUGAUCAAGAUUUUGUCUAUCUUGCUCUGGAACGUUGUGCCUGUAGCUUAUAUGACCUGAUAUUAUUGUCCUGCUCUAGCUCACAAAAUCAAGAAACUUACCAGGAUGGAGAUUUUAACUGUGCUGGCAAUGAAUUUGUUCGACUAGGGUUGCUAGGAGAUAACCAUGCUCUCCAGUUAUCGAAGUCGAAUGGGUAUCCUUCGCAUCAUUUGUUAAAAUUAAUGAGGGAUGUUGUUCGGGGGCUUGCUCAUUUGCAUGAACUUGGUAUUAUUCAUCGGGAUUUAAAGCCUCAAAAUGUUCUUGUAACAAAGGAAAGAGUUUUAUGUGCCAAACUUUCAGAUAUGGGCAUCAGCAAGCGCCUUUCUGGGGAUAUGUCUUCUUUAACAAAGCAUGCAACUGGUUAUGGGAGUUCAGGGUGGCAAGCACCUGAGCAACUUCUUCAUGAACGUCAGACGCGAGCUGUAGAUUUGUUCAGUCUAGGCUGUCUUCUCUUCUUUUGUAUUACCGGUGGCAAACACCCAUUUGGUGAAAUCCUUGAACGUGAUGUGAAUAUAGUUAAUAACCAAAAAGACUUGUUCUUGAUAGAAAACCUUCCUGAAGCAACAGAUUUGAUCGCUUCUCUCUUGCAUUGCAACCCUGAGUUGAGGCCAAAAGCAACUCAAGUAGCAUGUCAUCCUUUGUUUUGGGAUUCAGAGAUGCGACUUUCAUUUCUUCGAGAUGCCAGCGAUAGGGUGGAAUUGGAGGAUAGGGAGAAGGAAUCUGAACUGCUGAAAGCAUUGGAAAGUAUUGGAAAUGUGGCUUUAGGUGGUAAAUGGGAUGAAAAGAUGGAUACUGCUUUUAUCAAUGAUAUUGGACGUUACAGGCGUUACAAAUUUGAUAGUGUUCGGGACUUGUUGCGUGUGAUACGAAACAAGUUAAACCACUAUAGAGAACUUCCAAAGGAUAUCCAGGGAAUUCUUGGGCAAGUCCCUGAAGGAUUUGAUAAUUACUUUUCUACACGAUUCCCGAAACUUGUAAUAGAGGUUUUUAAGGUGUUUCACUUGUCUUCGUUGUAAACUGCUCAAGAGUCAAUUGUAUAUGAAAUCGUUUUGAA